AUGGCUUCAUCAAAGGCCGGCCGUUUGGGCGAGGAAGUCUGGAAGACGCGGGUCGACAAAGUCAGCGCCGAGCUCGUCACGCUCACCUACGGAACGAUAGUCGCGCAGCUAUGCAAGGAUUACGAGUUCAACUACGCGGAGGUCAACAAGCAGCUGGACCGUAUGGGCUACAACAUCGGUCUACGUUUGAUCGAGGAUUUCCUUGCUAAAUCGAGCGCGCCGGCGUGCACAAACUUCCGCGAAGUGGCCGAGAUGAUAUCAAAGGUCGGCUUCAAGAUAUUUCUGAACAUCACGCCGACAAUUACGAAUUGGUCGAGCGACAACAAGCAGUUUUCGCUUAUCUUUGAGGAGAACCCGCUGGCGGACUUUGUGGAGCUGCCGGACGACGGCCGAGCGCAGGACGAGCUAUGGUUCUCAAACAUACUUGUCGGUGUGCUGAGGGGCGCGUUAGAAAUGGUGCACAUGCAGGUGGAGGCGCACUUCACCAGCGAUGUACUGCGCGGCAACGACACAACCGAGAUGCGGAUAUCGCUCAUCCGCUACAUCGACGACGAAAUGCCCCCCGACGAUGAAUGAGUGCGUGAUGCUGUGGAGCGGCCAAGGGAAGGCGAAUACCCAUUCAAUAGAUGCGUGCGUUGGAGGACCUGGCUUAUCAUGGUAGAGAAUUGCACUUGGGCGCGUCUUCGUCGGCGCUCCCCGUACGGGCCGGUAGUGCACUUGGGCGAAGUGCAAAUUGUGGGGCCCGGUGAGACACCCACUUCCUAGAGUCGAACCACGCAGCCAGGCAUGUAGACAGUGCUUUGCACAGAACCAGCACAGAUGCAGGACCGAGGGAUGCGCUGUGCGGAUCACUGUGCAAAAAGUAGGGCGGGUUGGGUCGGCGUUGUGGGCCUCCGGGCGCUACAGCUCUCCACUACACGUCGUCUCCCCGUCAGAUGACUGACAGCGUAGCCAACCCAUCACCAAC